UACCCUUUUUACUCCAAAUCACAAGAUCUCCGCAAUAGAAAAUUUCUAUACACUUGAACAUGAACCCAAGGUAACAGAGGCUGGUUCAAGCUUCAAUCCCUAUGAAAGAGCUCCUGUUUACGAUGGAAAACACAGAUCAUUGUCAAUAUCAUCGUAUGUUAUUCUUAGUUGGAUUGACAGUCGGACUAGCAUUUCGAAGGAUCGCUCGCUGAACUACUAUUGAAAAGACUGCCCGAAUCAAAUAUGCGCACGUCGGUCCUCGAUUUGAGUCGGACCAAAAACCGGACGUACUUGAUGAUCCAAAUUGAACCAAAUUAAAUCUCACUUAAUUUUUAAAUCUCUAGGAUACGGAACAUAACAGAAACCAAAUAAGAUCAAGCAUGUUCUCUUUCGGGUUCAAAGGUCGACCGUUUCGUUUUUUUUUUUUCAUACACGAUCGCGUAUACCGACUUCAACCAGACCAAACCAUGACAACCCCCCAUGUACGAGUGAAGUCUCCGUAACUUCCCCAAACAUGUCGAAAAGCGAUCUCUCUAUCGUGAGGUUGUCGAAAACCGAUUGUUAUGUCGGUUUAGGAGGUGGUAUGGUUCAACCCCACCCCAAUACAACCAGUUUAUAUGUCGGUGUAUGUCGACUUUGACCAGUGCUUCGCACUCGUGAUCUUCCAGCCAAUUUUUGUCUGAAUACUGGUUGAACCGCGGGCCGAUUGACAACCAUGCUCUCUCUAUACAUGACUCACUCAAUUGGCCCAAAUAAACAUCCAAUCCGAAUCACCCCCCACUUUUUUCUUCACCAUGAGACUCCCAUGCAAAUCCCCCAAUAUAAAAACAAACAAAAAAAAAACCAACAAAUACCCAAAUUUCCUUUCCCCUCGACACAAAGAGAAGAAACCCAAAAAAAAAAAAAACGACAAAUCCCUAAGAUCCACCCCAGAAAACAAUGGCGCGCCGAUCCCUCCCCAAUCUCAUCAAACGCCUCUCAUUGACGGCGGCGCCACCGCGCUCCCGCACCAUCACCUACAUGCCGCGUCCCGGCGACGGGACCCCGCGGGCCGUGACUUUGAUCCCGGGGGACGGGAUCGGGCCCCUGGUGACGAACGCGGUGGAGCAGGUGAUGGAGGCGAUGCACGCGCCCGUGUACUUCGAGCGGUACGAGGUGCACGGCAACAUGAAGGUUUUCCCGGCGGAGGUGGUGGAGUCGAUCAGGAGGAACAAGGUUUGUCUCAAGGGCGGGCUGAUCACGCCCGUGGGCGGCGGGGUGAGCUCGCUGAACGUGCACCUGAGGAAGGAGCUGGACCUGUACGCGGCGCUGGUGAACUGCAGGAACAUGCCGGGCUUGCCGAUCCGGCACGAGAAGGUGGACAUCGUGGUGGUGAGGGAGAACACGGAGGGGGAGUACGCCGGGCUCGAGCACGAGGUGGUUCCCGGCGUUGUUGAGAGUCUUAAGGUGAUAACGAAGCACUGCUCGGAGCGGAUUGCAGAGUACGCCUUCGAGUACGCCUACCUGAACAACAGGAAGAAGGUGACGGCGGUGCACAAGGCCAACAUCAUGAAGCUCGCCGACGGCCUCUUCCUCGAAUCCUGCCGGGAGGUCGCCGAACGGUACCCUGCCAUCGCCUACAACGAGAUCAUCGUCGACAACUGCUGUAUGCAGCUCGUCUCCAGGCCCGAGCAGUUCGACGUCAUGGUCACUCCGAACCUCUACGGCAACCUCGUCGCCAACACGGCCGCCGGAAUCGCUGGAGGCACCGGCUUCAUGCCCGGAGGGAACGUGGGAGCGGACUAUGCUGUGUUUGAGCAAGGCACAUCAGCCGGAAACGUGGGGAACGACAAGAUCAUAGCGGAGAAGAAGGCGAAUCCGGUGGCGCUCCUGCUUUCGUCGGCAAUGAUGCUCAGGCACCUCCAGUUCCCGUCGUUCGCCGACAGAUUGGAGACCGCCGUCGGGAGGGUGAUUGCUGAAGGGAAAUGCCUGACUAAGGAUCUCGGCGGGGACAGCACCACCCAACAGGUCGUCGACGCCGUGAUUGCCAACAUCGACUGAUCAAUUUGCUUUGUUUGGAAUUUUAUUUGAUUGAUUCAAUGGAGAGAAACAGAGCACUCUGCCCUCCCAAUUUCCCCGCCCAUUUUUGAAAUAAACUAAUACAUAGAGA